AUGUACGAACCCAUGCCCAGCUCACAGUCCAUGACGUCGCUCGCGGCCAAGCGUCGCGUCCCCGUACCAGCUGCUCUCGACUUGGGUACCUUGGGUACCCGCGUCGUCGAACGACACAAGUCAAUGGUACCACCACCCCGAGCCGUCGUCACAAACCACGACUGGGACCAAGCACAAGUACGCCAUGAACAAUACAGCGUUCCCGGUGCGCCCGACGAGGAGCAGCUUGCCCCGCCCCCAGAGCAGCAACAUACAGAGACGACCAUUCCGUUCCCCACCUACGCCGAGUCCCGCAUGUCAACGUCGCCCGCGAUGCCUCUGGCCGUCCCAUUGUCGGCGUUUGGCGGCAGCAACCCAGACGACCAACGUGCUUCACUAGUGGAUCAGCGCGUCUCAGUCGCCAGCUCGUCAGGAGUCAAUGGCGAUCGCGUUUCCAUUGACUCUUACUACCUUGGUGCCGGUGGUGGCGUAUCGCCAGGCGACAGGUACUCGACGUCUGUCACCCCCAGCACUCCCGACUACUUUGACCCAUCCAACAUUGACCGCCGCGGUCUCGUAGGGGUGGGCGAGCUCGCUACCCCACGCUGGGGCGCUACCGAGUCUCGUCACCUGAGGACACCCAGUAUGCCCAACGACUUUGCACUCAACCCGCCCGUGCCGCCACCCUUUGACCACACCAUGUUGGUCGGCUCGGCGCCUAGUCGUCCACAAGGCUGGGGAGGCCCCACCAAGCCUGAGCCUCCCAUCGGCCUCGGUGUCGGCACCGUCGGUGUCAACGUCCUCGACCGCGUAUCCGAGGAGAGCCCCCGCCGGGAGCGUGUGCGACACCGCUCCGUGUCCCACGAGUCUCCUCAGCGCCCACAACCACAACACUCGACACAGCAGGGCCUCAAUGCCUUGGACUCGCUUCUUUCGCUGUCAUCGCUAGGCGACUUUUCGUUUGACUCACACUUGGAACCGGGACAGCUUGCGGCGACACUCAACAUGCCCGAGCCACAGCAGAUCACCACGUCCUCGGCCCGCAACCUGAGCAACCGUGCAUCAGCCCCGCCUGCGCCGAAGAGCUACUCGGCCGCCGACUACUUUUACGAUGACGCUGCUCCCCCGCUCCCUCCCAAAGCCGACCCCGACCUCAGCGCUGGGUCCAUCACCGGCGCCGCCGCUGGCGCUGGCGCUGUCGCUACCCUGCCGUCGCCGGGCAGUGCGCGUGAACGCAUUUACGCCCGCAGGGCGUCACGCCAGCAGGCUCAGGCUGCGGCAGCAGGCAUUCCUGUGCCGCAAAUGGUCGACCUGCCGCCUUUGCCUGUGGCCAACAGCACAAACCACUUGUCACCACCCACCUCGGCAGACUCGCAGACGUUUGCACGCGAGGCAAGAAAGACUCCUCCCAGUGGCUCCAAGGACCGAGAAGGCUCGUCGUCGUCCAAGCGUCGUGUCCCCACCAGUCCCAGUGCGCCCCACCACGAGAUUCUUCGGCAUAUUGCACCCAAGGACUUCUCCCACCUGCCGCCCAGCCCCUCGACGGCGUCGAUCAACCAGUUCCUCCGCGGUUCAUCCUCUGGCAACAAUCUGUCCACCGUCCGGACACCCCCCGGUUCCGUGUCAGCGCAUGGCCUCAAGGGUGCCACCAUUGGUCGCUCAGAAUCGUUGCGUUCGCGGUCGCGGUCGCAGUCCAUGAAGGCUGGAGAGGUUGCAGCAACCGCUGAAGCGCUCCGCAAACUCGACGGGCUCGGCGGCACACCAAACAAAAAGUCGGCUCCGGGCAGCAGCAGCGGCGGCGGUCCAUCCUCCACACCCAAGCAGACUCGCCCGACCACGCCUCCCGAUACCGUUCGGAGACUCACUGGCAAGUCUAGCUUCUCAAGUGUGAGCCGCGACAAGGAGUCGCCCCUCAACAACUGGGUCGAAGUCAGCCAUGGCGACUUGUCCGGCACCGUCUCGUCUACCCGCAGCCGUGCCUCUCGCGGCGCGUCGCUGCAUGGCAGCGAGGUGCCCCCAUUGACGUUUGAAAAGGCGCAGGAGUCGUCGCCGAGUCUCGUCGGGACGCCAACGUCCCGUGACUCUCACUCGCACGGGACAUCCGCAACGACGCCGCCAAGCACUACGCGCGAUAUACGAGCCGAAAAGGCAGCGCGGCGCCCAAGCGUGCAGAGCGACCUGUCGUCGGUGGAGGGCAUCUUGGACGACACCGCAGAGGGCUAUGUUCCGCCCGUUCCGCCCCUUCCUCGGGGCUACCAGUCUAUGCGUCAAGGCCUCGCGACAAUGACCAACACGGGUAUGCCUCCGCAGCCCAUGCAGUAUGUCCCGCUCGCUCUCGAGGACGAACAGCCUCAGCAGCAGCAGCCACAUGCGCCUGUGCCACCGCCUGCGCUCGCCUUCCCGACGCCCCAGAAGACGUCGCCGGAAAUGUCCAGCAGCAACUCUCUCGCCCCUGCAUACCCGCUUCCCGAGGCGACGACGUCUCGUACGCGCAGCAUGAGCAAGAAGUGGUCCUUUUCGUCGGCGUUAAACCUGAACAAGCUCCACCGUCCAGACAAGGAGCCGUCGAUUUCCCCCACUUCCAACCUGUCUCCUCCCUCUGUGCAGCAGGAGCUGUACGACUCGCCGGCUAGCCCCCAGACAUCGUGGUCGGAAAUGGAGCGCGUCGAGCUGGCUUCGCCCCGCGCGCCCACCCUGCAGCAGGUUCCAUCCCGCGAGUCGACGGACAUGUCAAUGGACACGCGCUCGAAUCACAGCGUCACGCCCAUUGCGCCAGCCACCAACCUCGCACCACCGGCGGCCCAGCGCACUGGGUCCAAGCGCCUGACGCCAUCUGCGAUUCCCUUUUUCCGCCGUGCCUCGUCAUCGUCCGUGUCGCUGGCCCACAAGCUCACGUCACCACCAGACGCGCCGACGCCGCGCUUUUCGGUGCAGGCAGCGCCGACCUCGUCGUCGUCGUCCUACUCGGCCAACACAUUCGGAGCGCCGCCUGCCUCGACGUCGCAGCGUACCCCCUCGGGGACCCGCAAGUCGAUGCUGGGGAUGCACAUUCCUGCCAUGCUUCGACCCAGUGGCUCCAGGCGCGGCAUCUCCCAGCAGCUGUCACCGAACAUUGUCGAAAAGGACUUUAGCGCCAGGCAAGCCGAGCCUGCUGCCAAGCUCGAGGCCCUCAAGCCCACCAAGACGGGCUCCAUUGGCCGCGCUGGUGGUCGUGCUCGUGGCAUGACCUUGUCUUCUGGUGGCGACCAUGGUCUUGUUACUCCUCUUUCGCGCAAGCCGUCUGUCGACACACGCUCUUCAAGUCGGACCGCUGGUGGUACUCCCAAUGGCAGUCUUCACUCUAUCAAGGGGACCAAGUUGCCGGUUGCCACUGGGGUGCACACGCUGCACAACACGUCGUCGGCCGCGUCGUUGCGCAAGUCUGACUCCCGCGUGCCUCCCUCGGCGACGCCGACCAAGAUUCCUCGCAUGACCUCUCGCCCGUCUGUGGUGACUCCCAACACGCACGCCGCGCACGCGCACAUGAGCAUGCCGCCGCCGACCAUUCCCAACUCGCUUGCGACCAGCCGCAGCGCCAACGUGCUGGGCUCGAGCGGCCUUGCCGGUCUGCCUUCCCACGCCAGUGUGCAGGAUGUGUCGAUGAGCGAGUUUGGCAUGGGCACGGCUGGCACACGCCAGUCGUACCAGACCGGCUCGACGUCAUCGGCACACCGCGCACAUCUGCUUGCUCCGAUCUCGGCGCGCAAGCACAGUGUGUCUGGUAUCCCCGCGCCGCCUUCUGCUUCCGUCGCCUUCCCCGUCAGCAAGCGUGACACCGCAGCAGCAGCAGCGGCAUCUACCUCGAGCGGCGUGCCCAUUACGCCGUCACGACGCACGUUGCCGCAGCUGCCGUCGUCGGCCACGGCCAUGACCAUUUCGGCACAGGCCAAGGCCCGCCCCAGCGUGAGCCGUCGCGGUUCUGCAACUCCUAACGGUGAGGACGCUCCGGCCGCUCCUGUCACACAGAUCAAGUCGUCAAAGUCGUUCCACACAAAGGUCACGUCAAGCACCAACAGCAACUCGCGCCUGUCGCUGUCGUCGUCGGGCGGCGCUGGCACUGCCAGCGGUGGCGCCCCGGGCUCGAGGCGCACGUCGCUUGCCACUGGCGAAGUGUCGUCGUCGCGUCCCGAGAGCAGGAACAGUCCCGGUGACGACGAAGAGGCCCUCGCCGACGCCGAGAUGGGCGCAUACGUCGCGCGCCGCAAGGCUCGCGCCGCGUCCAACGCGGGCCGCAAGGAUAACCUCACCGACCUGGUGGGCUUCCCCGAGGACUGCGACCCUGCCGACGCCAUUAGCCAGCGCCAGUUCAUCACGCGCCACCUCGGCUCGCUGUCCGACUAUGAGCGGAAAGAGGUGCUCGACUUUGACUUUAUCUACUACAUGGCGCGCAAUGUAUCGCGGCCACGCCAGCCGGACGGUAAAGUGUACAACCACGGCUACGACGAUGAGCGCGGCGACUAUAUCGUGGUCGAGGGCGACCACCUGUGCUACCGCUACGAGGUGGUGGGCGUGCUCGGUAAAGGAUCGUUUGGCCAGGUCGUCCACUGCCGCGACCACAAGAACGGCACGUCGGUCGCCGUCAAGAUUAUCCGCAACAAGAAGCGCUUCCACGCCCAGGCGCUGGUAGAAGUGAAAAUCUUGCAGCAGAUUGUCGAGUGGGAUCCCGAGGACAAGCACUUCAUGGUCAAGAUGACGGACCACUUCUACUUCCGCGGCCACCUGUGUAUCGUCACCGAGCUGCUUAGCAUCAACCUGUACGAGCUCAUCAAGGCCAACCAGUUUUGUGGAUUCUCGACUGUCCUCAUUCGCCGCUUCACGACGCAGAUGCUCCAGUCGCUCAUGCUCAUGCGGUCGCACCGCAUCGUGCACUGUGACCUCAAGCCCGAGAACAUUCUGCUCCGCCACCCGGCCAAGAGUGGCAUCAAGGUCAUUGACUUUGGCUCGUCGUGCCACGAGUCGGAAAAAGUCUACACCUACAUCCAGUCGCGCUUCUACCGCUCGCCCGAGGUCAUCCUGGGCAUGAACUAUGCCAUGGCCAUCGACAUGUGGUCUCUCGGCUGUAUCCUUGCCGAGCUGUACACUGGCUACCCAAUCUUCCCUGGCGAGAACGAGCACGAGCAGCUGGCGUGCAUCAUGGAGGUCCUCGGCGUGCCCGACCACUACAUUGUGCAAAAGGCGUCGCGCCGCAAGCUCUUCUUCGACGCGACCGGCGCGCCGCGCCCCUUUGUCAAUGCAAAGGGCAAGCGCCGCCGGCCGUCCACCAAGUCGCUGGCCUCGGUGCUCAAGUGCAACGACGAGCUGUUUGUGGAUUUCAUCGCCAAAUGCCUCACUUGGGACCCGGACAAGCGUCUCAAGCCCCAGCCCGCCAUGCGGCACCCGUGGAUCCUCGCCGGCCGCCGCCGCCAGCCGCCCCCGCCCCCGGAGCACCAGCGCGACGCACGCGAUGUACGCGACGGACGCUCCUCCUUUCUUGGCGGCAGCAGCAGCGCGCGCCGGUCCAUUGCGGCCGCCGCCGCUGCUGCACACACGUCCAACGGAACGGACAAGAAGGGCGGCCUGAUCAUCUCGCCGCCCACCCCGCUCGUGGCGCGCGCCGCCGCACACGGACAGCCAGCGACGGCAUCGCGGAUCGGCGUGUCCGUGUCGUCGGCACGGCUGCACGCACGAAACAGCACCUAUGUCCCUAACGCCCAAAAGGUCAGCAUGGCCUGA